GUGAAGAACCCGGAAGUGCGUCGAUGAUUCAAAACGCAGAAGAAGAAGCUCCACGUGAGAAACAACAUGUCUCCUCCCGGAGGAAAAAUCAACAGACCGAAGACUGAACUGGGUAAGAAGCUUUUCAAGCGGCGCAGAGUUUUGGGUCGAGAGAAGAAGAAGAAGCGUCAGAUCGUCGGCGCCGUGGUCGACGAGGGUUUGAUCACCGUCCAUCACCUGAAGAAGAGGAAGUCGAGUCCGAGGGCGAACAUCACUUUGUCGGGGAAGAAGAAACGGAAGCUGCUCAAACAGCUGAUGCACAUGCAGCAGGAGAAGAGCGGGAUGGAAGUGGAAGCAGCAGCGCCGCCACAGAAGAAGAAGGAGAAGAAGAAGAAGGCGGCGGCGCAGGGACGUCAAGAGGACGUAGAGAUGUUCAAUGCUGAAUGAGGACGUGUUGAUGUGGGACAGUCGGGACGCAGUCGACCAUUACGUCACGUGAUCGAGUCUCCGGACAAACGAGUGAAAUGUUUCUGCAGACGUUUGAGUCCCACGAGGACAGACACUUUGGAGGCUGGAGACAGAGUUCCUGUCAUCUUUUUUUAUUUGUCUUCAAAGUUCACACUCGAGAUAUUUGACACAAAGAGCUGAAACGUGAUGAAACGACUCGGAGCUGAUGAUCCAGUGAGAAUAAAUAUUAAAAUGUUCAGAGCUUCAGUGACGAGUUGUGAAAUCUGAGCUUCAGAAUCUUUUUCUGCUCUUCGAGAGAUUCAACGUCUCAAAAUCGGAAAACAGAGAAAAGACAGUUUCCAUGUUUAUCUGUUGUUUAGCUGUCGGACGCUUUUUCAAAAUAAAAGCACUCAGGCGUUUCUGUUGAGUGAAUCCAUUCUUUUGUUAUUCAAAGGUUUUUAUUGUGAAACAUUUGCUGGAGUGGAAGAUGCAGCCUCAUGCUGUGUAGUGCUGGUAUAUAUGUGAGUGUGUAGGACGAGUUUUAUACAAGGAAAUACUGUUAUACAGUUACACCAGAAACUUCAGGAAGGCUGAAGUUAUAUUAAUAGUUAACGUGAAUAAUGUAAAGGUGAUGGGUAGCUCUCUCUCUCUUUCACUUGUUCUUUUAUUCUGACCACACACUCA